ACAGCGACAAAACCUGGUCACAUCUGGGACUAAAGAAGGUUAAGAAACGAAGAAACGACCGGACGGGAAGGAGAGCUGGCGGGAGUAUUGCUGGUUUUGCUCGUCAGCCUCGCAACACAGCGGACUAGCGAGUGUCUACUGUGCGGCGGAUUGUUCCUCCAGCGCCACAAACUUGACGCUGAUUUUCUCAUUUUAGCCUAGCCUAGCCUAGCCUGUUUUAGCCUAGCCUAGCCUAGCCAAUUAGCCUUGAUCCCACAGACUGGCAUUCAGGUUUACGCCGGGACUGCUAACAAGCGAGAUAAAGGCGCUUGACUGGCCAACAACUACUGGGUUUCUACUGUUAAAACACGAAAUAUACCGGGUUCCCGCUAUAAAAACACCAGCAGCCUGACAUCUGACAGAGGACCGUUCUCCAGGUGAGGUGAUACACCCGUGUUGGAGCUCUGCUGUUGCGCAGGUGUAACAGUAGCUGCAGUUUUGGAUCUGCGCAGGGCGCUGCUGAGAUGACAACGCCUUCGUAUUUACUCCUGGCGUUCGCGGGUUUCUUUUCCACAUGUUGUUCUGCCCAGACCAGCUGCAGAGGUCGGUGUGCACAGGCGUACUACCGAGGCAGCGCGUGCCAGUGUGACAGCGAGUGCCUCGCGCACAAUGAGUGCUGCCCCAACUACGAGUCCCUUUGCACCACAAGGGGGUCGUGUAGAGGGCGAUGUGGCGAACGCUUUAAGAGAGGCAGGACAUGCCACUGUGAUGGAGCGUGCGCGGAGUACCACCAGUGCUGUUCUGAUUACGAGUCCGCGUGCACCCUCGAGGAGUCCAGCAUGGACGGCGAAGGCGUCGAGGCCGAGAGCGAUGCUCAGGAAGACUCGGCAGCUGAAGCUGGAUUACAAGACUUAAACGAGGCAGUGGUGGGUGGUUCCACCCAGGCACCCCCUCCUCCGGUAGUUGCUAGUGGAAGUGGUGCUCUGUCCUCUGAAGAUGUAAAGCAGGAAUCUUCUCUAGUCCAGCCAACAAAACUCCCAGACCUGCCCGAAGUUCUCAGUGAGCUGAACGAAGGUAUGAAGACAGCUUCAGAAGUGUCCGAAGCUGGAGGAGACAGUCCUUCUGUCCCAGACGAGUCGGGCAGUCCAGUGCCAACCACACCUGACCCCCCGUUCCUUUCUCCAGCCAGAACGAUUUCUAAGACAGCAGGUAUGACUCCUCCUUCUGUAGACGAGGAGGACCAUGGAAGUCUCGUCACUGAACCAGAGUGGCUUUCCCUCAUCUCCUCACCUUUUCCUUCUGAGCUGGUCCCUACUGGGCCCACCACAAUUCCACAGGAGCCCGACCCGAACUCGCCAGCGUCUGAGCGGCCCGACCCGAACACUCCAGCGUCUGAGCGGCCCGACCCGAACACUCCAGCGUCUGAGCUGCCCGACCCGAACACUCCAGCGUCUGAGCGGCCCGACCCGAACUCGCCAGCGUCCGAGCGGCCCGACUCAAACACUCCAGCGUCCGAGCUGCCCGACCCGAAUACUCCAGCGUCCGAGCGGCCCGACUCGAACACUCCAGCGUCUGAGCGGCCCGACCCGAACACUCCAGCGUCCGAGCUGCCCAAACCGAACACUCCAGCGUCUGAGCUGCCCAAACCCAACACACAACCAAGCCCACAGAGAACCUCAGAAUCCAGAGUGACUCCUGCAACCACUGCUCACACAAACGCUACUGAAAUCACUGCCUCUAGUUCAACUACUGAGCCUGAGCCUUCCAACCCAGAGCAGCCCAAAGACACUUUGUCCCCAGAAGGAGCUCCAGGAGCCCAGACAGAACACACAGAGCCCAUUGAGAUGAUAGAGUCUAUCACAGUGGCGAUCCAGAACAAAGACCCAACAGAUAAGUCUAACAGUACAGAAACGACCAGUAAUGCACAAGAUGAAAACAUAAAGGAUCUCCCCUCUCCAAAUGAGGACAAGCCUGAAGCUAAUGGCCCUACCUCAGGUUCUGAGAUCAGACCUUUUAACCCAGACCAGCCUGGAGAAGCACCACAUCCAGAGGAUGACACCCAACCGCAUAGAGUACAGCAUCCAUCAGGGCCCAGUGAAAACACAGCCACUGCAGGGAUGGAGGCCGAGUACGUGGACCCAACAGACAAACCUAGCACUGCCGAAACAACCACUAAUGUACAAGAUGAAAAUAUGAGACAGGUCUCCUCGAUAAAGGAGACGUCUACCACCCUGACCUCUCUCGAGAGCACCCCUGCGAAGGUGAGCCCUCCUCCAACUAAAGCAACAAAGAAGCCAACCAAUCCGACGUCAGGUGUUACAGAAGCUCUUGACGAAGAUAGUCCUUGGGACUAUCAAGCAGAUGCAGCCAACGACACUGAUCUCUGUAGUGGGCGACCAAUCAACGGCUUGACCACACUAAGAAACGGCACCAUUGUGGUCUUCCGAGGUCACUACUUUUGGACUCUGGACUCGAGGAGGAACCCCGGACCUGCUCACGGGAUCACGGACGUCUGGGGAAUUCCCUCUCCUAUCGACACCGUCUACACUCGCUGCAACUGCCAGGGAAAGACCUACUUCUUUAAGGGGAACAGCUACUGGAGGUUUGAGAAUGGACUAAUGGAUCCUGGCUUCCCCAAACCAAUCAGCGAGGGCUUUGGAGUGGGGGGUCACCUCACUGCUGCGCUGUCCAUGCCUCGCUACAGAAGCAGGAGGGAGUCUGUGCUGUUCUUCAAAAGAGGUGGAUUGGCUCAAAGAUACACCUACCUGAUCACACCUCAGUGUGGCAGCAAGUUAGCAAAGUACACAACACACACAAGAGUCCGGAGAGAAAAAGACUCUAAACUGGGGCAGGAGAUCAACAUUCAGAGUUGGAAGGGUUUUCCCCCUCUCGUCACUGCAGCCGUGUCAGUUCCCGCCACAGGUGGGGAAGGAUACAGAUACUACAUCUUCUCUCGAACCAAAUACUACAAUGUCAAGAUGCAGGGUGAUGCUCCGGUGAUCCUGACCCCCAAGGAGGGACCAGGGAGACAAAGGUCAGCCAGGAGCUGGUUCAGAUGUCCAAAGAGUCCAUCCACGUACCACUCCUGAGGACCACGUCCCAGUGAACG